AUGUUCGUCGGUAUAAGGAGAGAAAAUUUGCUUCCGCUAACAUCAUACGCCAGCAUUCCCCCAGCAGAGAGGUGGCAGCAUGCUUACGACUGUCACGAAUCGUAUUACAAAGCCACGUCCAGCUUUGCGAAAUUUUGUUUUCAUUGCAGCAAGUGGGUGGCGGGUCAAGGAGAGUGGAAACACCACUGUCAAUCUCACAUUGACAGUGGUGAUAUCCCAUUUCGAUGUGACCCGAUCGUGUUCCGUCACGCUGUCGCCUCUGCUGGAUAUUGCCCGGUUCACUUGGGGCGACAAGACCUGCCGGCCCACCAGCGGAUGACACAGUAUAUCGACAAGUCUUCAUGGAAGCGUCACCUGUCUGAUUGCCUCCCGGCAUAUAUCAUAGGUCAAGGCUCGAGCAAUUUUGCAUGCCCUCAUACGUUAUGCCCAGCCGUCUUCAAUUCAUCGGAUGAUCUAUGGCAUCAUCUUGAAGACGUGCACAGUGUUCCCAAACCAAAGAUCUCUCCUUUGGGUAAGCGAAAGACGCCACCGGAGCCUGAGGUCACUGCAGCAAAGAGAAGAAUCACCGUUCUACCACAGCGGAGCUCAGUGUUAGGGAAACCCUAUGGUGUCGGCACAGCACCAAGCGACAACAUCAUUUCCUUGCCACGCGGCCAACCACUACAGGUUGAUAGCAACGAUUCUGCCACGUUGCUAGGCUCUGUAUCAGGCAAUGGCUACACGGAAUGGGGCUUUGGGUACUUCGAACCCCUUGCUGAAGCUGAUGCCGACCUCCUGGAUUUUGCUACGUUAGCAUCCCCCGCCUCCGCGGCGGAUCGUACAACUCCUACGGUCUCAGGCGCAGACCUGCAAGAGUGCGUCGAUCCAGAUAUUCUGAGUUCCGGGUCCACCCAAGCUCAAGCUGAUAGUGCUGUUGAUGCGUCCGACUUGGACAGCGGUGCACCCCCCAGUCAAAGUUCUCGAUCCUACUUCGAUGCGGAUGAUCUGCAAAGCUCAGAGCCCGAGUACCCCAUCGAAUGCUUGCUUGCAAUGUGGAAGUCUCAGAAAUCGGAGCUAUUUCUGGUCAAGUGGGUGGAGGGGAGUACAAGUUGGGAACCCGAAAUGAACGUCCCUGACCAGAGCAUUGCUGAACUCAAAAGAACUUAUCGGGGUUUCCGGGACGGGAUUGAGAUACUACAAACGCAGGUCAGGGGCAAAGCACUGUGGUACAAGAUACUGUUCUUGAAUUUCGACGGAGCAGACGAAGAUAGGUCCUGGUGGGUGCCAGAGAAGGCAAUGGACCCGGAAGUCCGCGUCAAGCGCGAAAAGAAAAACAAGCGACGGCGGAGGAAGCGUAGUUAG